CGAUUAGUGGGGGGUGUAUAAAAGGCCAGGAAUAGCCACUGAACACCACAAUUGGUUUAGCCCCCACCAUGAAAGUGUUAUUUGUUCUAGCAGCCGUGUUGGCAGCAGUCAGCGCCCUUCCCGUUGAGGAGCGCAUCAACGGCGAGAAUGGCUGGUUCAUUCCCAAAAUCGAUGGCACCUUCGAGUGGAUGGACCUGAAGGACGCCGAGGAGCUGCUUUCCAGAGGAGAUCAAAUGGAAGGCCGCAUCAGCACGAAUGCUGUUAAGUUCUACCUCUAUACCAGGUCCAAUCCCACUGAUGGUAAGGAAAUCAAGUCCGAUGCAUCCUCCAUCGAUGGAUCCCAUUUCAACAAGGACCACGGCACCCGUUUCGUCAUCCACGGCUGGACCCAAAGCGCCCAGGAUGACAUGAACACCCGCAUCACCAAGGCCUGGUUGUCCCGCGGUGACUACAACGUGAUUGUUGUGGACUGGGCCCGUGCCCGUUCCGUUGACUACGCCUCCUCUGUGCUUGCUGUUUCCGGAGCCGGUGCAAAGGUUGGAGAGAUGAUCAAGUACCUGCACGAACAUCACGGCAUGUCUCUGGACAGCCUGGAGGUCAUCGGCCACAGUCUGGGAGCCCAGGUCUCUGGUUAUGCUGGCAAGACCGUUGGCAAGGGUCGUAUCCACUCCAUUGUCGGUCUGGACCCUGCUCUUCCCCUCUUCAGCUACGAUAAGCCCGACAAGCGUCUCUCCAGCGAUGAUGCUCACUAUGUGGAGUCCAUCCAGACCAACGGCGGCAAACUGGGAUUCCUGAAGCCCAUCGGCAAGGGUGCCUUCUACCCCAACGGUGGAAAGAAGCAGCCAGGAUGUGGUGUAGAUGUCACUGGCUCCUGCUCCCACGGCCGUUCCGUCCUGUAUUACGCCGAGGCCGUCACUGAGGACAAUUUCGGAACCAUUAAGUGCCACGACUACGAGGAUGCCGUCUCCAAGAAGUGCGGCAGCACCUACAGCAGCGUCCGCAUGGGUGCCGUCACCAAUGCCUACAUGGUCGAUGGUGACUACUACGUCCCCGUGAACAGCAAGGCUCCAUUCGGUAAGAUCGAAUAGAGAUCUGUGCUCCAUCAAAACAAAAAAAGCAACAGCAAGGCUCCAUUCGAUGUGAUCGAAUAGAGACACCUGUGCUCACCCACUUUAACUCAAUAAAUUGAUAAAAAGUUGUUCAAACAAAAAUA